AAUUAGAAUAGGAGCAUUAACCUCUCGGAGUUACGUAAUGGUGUGGUGUGGUAGUAUGGGGGAAUGAAGUGUAUAUCUUGCAGUGAUGUAAAGUGCCUUGAACUAUAUCUUGUGAACUUUCUAUAUUAGACUGAAAUAGAGACUACUCAGUAUGUAUUAUUCAUUUCUCAUCUUGUAUAGACGGGAUUGAUUUUCACGUUUUGUAAAAGCUAUGAAACGAAAUAUUCUCCAAAUUUACUGCAAUGGAUUUCGAUGGCAUCCGUUUCGCAGUCAGUCCUCGUCUACCGUUUACGCUUCCAAAGAAUCCACCGACUCUAUUCGAUCAAAGACAUUGACAGAUGUACCAGGUCCACGAGGGGUGUACAACAUUCCCUUCAUCGGAAACGCCUUACAGUUUUAUCCAUACAUGAAAAAGAAAGAUACUCAUCUGUUCUUUCGAGAACUCAACAAACGCUAUGGUAAACUCGUAAGGAUACGCCUCGGAUCUAAGAACUGCCUUUUGUUGUUUGACCCAACGUUAAUAGGUGAGGCUAUGGCACAAGAGGGAAUCUAUCCGGAACGAUAUCCUAUUCCAGUGAUGGAGGCUUACGUGAAAAACACAACGAGAUCCCUCUUUAGCCAACAAAAAGGUCAAGAGUGGCAGAGCAUACGAAGUCCUGCACAACAAAGUAUAAAACCAGCUGUCAUAAAAAGUUACUUAGGCCAACAAAUCCAGUGCGCAGAGGAACUGGCCAUGUGGCUUGGUAAACAUGGAGACAAUAACCCGAAUGUCAAAGACAUGUUCAUGAGAUAUUCGGCCGAUGCAAAUUCAGUAGUGGCCUUCGACAAAAAGAUUGGUUUUCUUAGGAGUCUGGACCACCCUGAUCCUGAACUGGAACUCUUUCUACACAGCAUCUCUCGGUUCAUGGAGGCCAUAGGUGACAGCUUAUUUACAGUUCCGUGGUUUAAGUUCUGGCGAACGAAAGUGUACGUGGAUUUUGAGACAGCAGCUGAUACAGUUUAUAGAAUAAGUCAAAAGUACAUUGAUGAGGCAAGACGAGAAUUAGCCCGCCGAGAAGGAAGCCAUCAUCUGGACGGAAAUGAAGGUGACCUGACAAUUCUAAAAUCUCUUCUACAAAAUGAACGGAUGCCCGAUUCGUGUCUUGUAACUCUGAUGUCAGCGCUUUUGUAUGGCGGGGUGGAACAGGUUUCCCAGUCGUUAAUGUGGAUGUUCUGGUUGCUAGGGAAGUCCCCAGACAAACAACAGAUUCUUUAUAAUGAGAUUUCGAACCUAGGGGAUUCCCCUCUUACGGCAGCUCAGCUUGGACACUUGCCAUAUCUGAAAGCUUGUGUCAAAGAAACAUUCAGAAUUGUCCCUCCAAUAGCAACUGGAAUCGCAAGAAAACUGCAACAUGAUACAGAAAUUGGGGGAUACAACAUACCUAAAGGAACCUUCAUGUUUUUCUGCAACAACACACUAUCAUUGUCCGAAGAGCAGUUUGAAAACCCAGGAGAGUUUGUCCCAGAGCGGUGGAUACAAGGGAAAAACGAUUCCCAGAAACAGAGACUUAUGGGACUGUGUGUCCUACCGUUUGGGUUAGGUAAAAGAAACUGCCUAGGUCGGCGGUUCGCUGAGCAAGAGAUCCAUCUGGCUGUUAUAAAGAUUUUACAAAACUUUGAAGUGGAAGUUACUGACGACUGUCGUGAUGCCCUUCCAAAGUAUACAACGUUUGCUGUUCCUGAUCGACCAAUCAAAUUUAUUUUUAAAAAGCGAUAACAAUUUUUUUAUUGCCCAAGCACCGGAACCUUUCAGUGCGGCCCCCCUUGAUGUGACGUUUGUUUCAUUAUUCUUCGGUUGGUCGGUCACACAUCGAGCUUCUCUGUCAGCCAGCAUCACUCAUCAUAUGACUGAACAUGCAUCGACAACCUCUAAGUUUACUGAGAACAUCAAGUGCAUCUGUUAUUUAUAGUUAAUCAAUCAUCGUUAUAUUCAGUGCACAAUACUCAAUUGUUUACUAGUAUUCUGAUGUUUCUAUGAUAACAUUAAGUUUUUGUUUGUGCAGAUAUUUUAUGUUUUAUUCUGAAAAUAUAUUUGUUGAUAAUUUUCAAAUAGAAAAUGCAUGAUAUGUAUAUGGAUUUCAUCUACAUUAACUAUUAAACAAAUAACUGAGA